CGCAGAUUAUUCUCAAGAAGGAACUCUUGACAAUCCUAGCAUACUCUUAUCUUUCAUCGUCUUCGGAGAUUACGGUCCUUGCUUCGAAGUAACUCUUCCGGCAUCGAAGCUGUUACUUUGUUACCUGUGUUUUAGCACAUUCUAGCAAAGAUGUCGAUGGUAGCGGGCAAGAUGGACGCGGUGUCUGUUAACAGGGUUUGGGAGGAGCACGUGAAGAAAGAGAACCGAACUCUGCGGCUAAACGACCAGUUCUGCAUCUCCAAUCCACGCAAAAUGGACAUCCUCCCGGAGAAGCCCAACCGGACAGUUCCGACACCAAACCCCGACGAGUCCACGGUUGCAGCUGCGACAGCUACCCUACACAGCCUAGCAGCAGCCAAGGAUGUUGAUAAGGCCCCACAAGACCGCUAUGCGCUGCCUAUAUCAGGCAACAUGGAGUAUGGCUUCUUCCACCGCGUACAGCUGUCCCAGACUAACCCCAUGUUCGACCACAAGCACCAGCCCUGCGAGCUGACCGACAACGCGCAGGAGUACCUGAAGAGCUUCAACGGAAUAGGCCCCUUCACCAACCGCACGGCACAUUGAGUGACCUGUAUCGCGGGCUGAGUGAAGCAGCAUCGUUCUGAAUGGGUCUGUGUACCUUGCUCGCCAACAACGAGCGCACUAAGCGCCAUGCAUGCAUGCGUGCAGCUGAAUGGGCGGAUGGGCAUGUGUAGCAGUCGUAGUAGCCUUUGCUUACGGAGAGGGGUAGCCACUCUCUUAUGGAUGAGGCUUUCACUUGUCACUGGGUAAUGGUUGUUUUCCGUGCUGCAUCAAGCCGGCAAGACCUCAUCGCAGUAUGGAUUGGACAGAGCGGGUGGUAUAGGUGUAUAGGGUAUGGGUACGGUACGCAGUGUAAAUGGCCUGCAGUUGGGGAUAGCGCUGAUCUUAUGAGGACCAGGGGCUCAUAGAGGGUGCUUCUAAAGGGUAGAAAGCGAGUGCAUGGCAUAGAAGUUUAGCAAACUGGUAGCUAGGAGGGUAGAAUGUAUGGUUGACCUGAUUGCGCAUGUCAGGACCUCGUUUACAUGCAGCGUGCAGGGUGGGAAGGCUGCAGUCUGUUAAGAAAACUGGCCGCGAGUAGGAACGUGCAGUCUGUGUGCGUAGGUGGGCAAGGUGCAGCAAUGCGCCCUGACGCGCGGGUUUCGCUGGGCUUGCGUGACCCCAGUGGUUUUGACUCUACACUGUUAACUGAAACCUGACUGAAACGUCUAAAAGUGUUUAUGUGUGUCAUAGGUAGGUAGCGGAGUGAAUGCCUGUGAGGGCUAGGUGUGAGGGCUAGGUUGACUUGUGUGCAGCAGCAGGAAUCAGCGUGUGGGAGAUGGAGCAAGGGAGGAGCAGGGUUACAGGCGCCUGUGAGCCUCGUUUGCAGGUGCAUGCCGUGAUCUCCCCUAACCAGUAUCAAAUUAUACCGUGCUUUAUGACAUGCUUGACUUCCCAGCCGUGUACCGGUAUGGCUAUAGCCGUAUCCCACAACCUUGACAACCCCUGACUGCGGGUAUACGGCGCGCCGAUGCCCUCGCAGAGUACAGAACAUGAC